AUGUCAACUACAGAUUGUUCUUGUAGUACGAAAGACGACCCUGUGGAAACAUGGAGUAGUUGUAAUGUUUCAAUAGACUGCAAGAAAGAAACGUAUGAACUACCGCUACUCAGUUCCAAAUGUUACACGCGUCCAAAAUUUAAUCAAGAAUAUACACAGGAAGUUUGGAGUUCCGAGCAACUGCCACUUGAUCAUGGACCCAUUUCGGAAACCUCCGCCAAAGCACAGAAGCAUGUCCUUGACAGGAAGCGCGAUCGCGAAGUUGCAUUGCAAAAUUUUCGAAAUGAGCUACGAGAUCUACACAAAUCAUGCGACGCGAAGAUCGAACAGCUCGAAAGCAACGUACAAGUCGACAUCGACAAGAUCCGCGACGACAUAGAGAAUAUAAAAAAAGAUUUUUGCGAAAUAGCUUGUUUGGACAACGACAAAUACGAAUGCUUGGUAAGCACGGUCGAAUCGAUGCUUAGUCGGCAAAAGGCAAACGUCGACGAGUUAUCCGAGCUAACUAGAAAGGUGGAGAGAGAACGACAAGGCGACGCGAUCAAGAUAUUCAAAAAGUUUUAUCAAAUUGUGAGAAAGUUGUGUUGCGCGCCGUUGGACGAGCAAAAGCACCAUUUCGAACAAGAGAUCGCGGCGUACAAUCGGACAGUUUUGAGAAAUAACAAAAGCUACGAAAAAAAGAAAUUGCAAUUUCGCCUGUCAAUUGACGUUUUGAAGCAAAAUUUUCACGUUUGGCUGAAAGACGUCAAGGACGAUCGAAACGCCGUUUGUCGAAAAAACGCUUUGGACGACUUUUACGCCGAGAAUGAAAAAUUCAACAACGCAGGAUUUGCGUAUUCGAGAAAAUUGGACGGGCAGGCAGCUCUGUGUCGAUUAAAGAGUAGGACAACGAUUAUCUCUUAUCUAGUCUCGCAAUGGGAUUUAUCAGUACCUUUCCCGGCAACAAGAUUGCACGAUCAAUCUGCUCGGUUCGCUUCGACGAUGACGUCAACCGAUGCGACGAUUACGGGCUUCAUCAGAUCCUAUAAAUUCUACAUGUCGAAAUGUCUCGGCAGAUUAUUCAAUAAAGUCAACAAAUUGAGAUCGAUCGUGGAGAUGAUGGAUAACGAGGCCGAGGCCCAAGACGAACAAUUAAUGAUUGUCGAAGAUAUUUAUGAUAAAGCGAAAAUACGAGUCGACGAUUUCACGGCGAAACUGGAAACAAUGUGGAGUAACGAUUUAAAAGCGUUGAAUGACAAAGCCAAGGACGUGUUUGAGACUUUCAUUGACUUCGGUUCACCGUGGGACGCUUUGUCCGUGAUUUUUCUCAAACAGCAAGACGCCGUUGCCCAAAGACUGAGCAACAGAGCAAUAAAAAGUGAACCAGCUCAUCUAGAUUUGCAGCAAAAAAUCCUCGUUGAAGUUCCGAAGUUGAGGGAAGAGGAAAAUAUUCAAAAGCUCGAGAAGAAAAUGGCACAAGUCGUAACGAUUCUCGAAAAAAAGGAUCAAAGGUACAAAGCCGACUUUGACGAAGAUUGCAAAAUCAUUCGGAAGGGCACUGAAGUCAUGGCCGAAGAAGUGAGUACAACGGCCGGCAAACUCGACAAAUUUCUCGAAGCCAACAAAUCUACCGUUGGUGAGUCUUCCACAGACAAUGGGGGCACUGUAACUUCUUACGAAUCUGGUCAGAGUGACAGUUUCGUGGGCGACUUGAAGCUAGAAGAAAUCAUCAUGCACGACAUGGGCUUGAUGGGAGCUCAAGUUGACGUUCUUGACGAAUGGAAAUCGAGGUUCGUCAAUUAUAGAUUCAUUAAGAAUAUGCUCUCGUACCGGCCGUCAUUCGAGAAAGAAAUCAUGGAAGUCGUGGAAUUGUGGCAGAACAAUUUGAUCGACGAAGCUUUUCAAAAUCUACAGAGAAGCUUACAAGUCGGUCAGGACUUGCAGCUAGACAUUCGUAGAGACGUCUACGAUAUACGCUAUAACGAAUUAUUACGGCAUCAAAAGGAUCUAGAAAACCACAUUACGGUAACUAACCGAUUUUUGAGCGCGCCAUCGAAAUGCACGGAGUUGUUAAAUUAUUCGGAUAUGAUAGAAGACUAUAAACACGAAGUUCAGCAUCUCAUUGAUGAAAGAAGUCACAAUACUCAACAUAGUACCCACAUCAAAUGUCUUCGAAACACGAUAAAUAGAAUAAAAAAUAACUAUACUGACAAAAUUGACAAAAGAAUGAACAGUAGCAUAGAGAGGUUGGUGAAAAAAAUUUCAAUAGUCAAUGAUCGUGAUGAGUCUUUCUUCGGGGAAAUAAUGUUGUUCAAAGACGGUGGUACUUACAGCAUCGAAGAACUAAAUACAGCUAAAAAGGAAAUGGCGACAUUGAUGAAAAAUAUUCAAAAAGAUGAAUCGACAAAUCGCAUAACAAUUGCUAAAAUUACCGACCAAGCUCUAUUAGAAAUUAAUAAUUUUGAGAAACCUAUUAAUGACAAUUUAAACGUUAUUUUCGAUAAAUUCAAAAUGCAAGAAAAUAUAACGACUGCGAUAAUGAUAUGUGAACAAUUUUUGGCAUUGAAAGUAAAACAAGCAGUAAAAUUGAACAAAGAGAUGAGGGAUAAAAUUUCCCAUCUAAUGGAACAUUGUCAGAGUAGGGUUGAAGUAAAAAAAAUCAUUUCUAUUUUAAAUGAAACGAUAAGUAGAGUGAUAAAAACGUUGGAUAUGAUGAAAGGACCUUUUCCAGAAAUUGACAUACCGCAAGAACUGGAAAGUAAUUUUUAUAAUUUGAAAAACAACGACUCAAAGAACGUUAAUUCAAAGAAACGUACCACGUCUCUGAAAUCACUCAAAAUUGAACCUACUAGUAUUCAAAAUACGAAGUAUGUAUGCGACAGAAACAAUUUCCCAACCGAAACGUCAAAAUUAAUAUUUGAUGCGCUUACAGUAAUCAAAAAUCAAGCUAUGAAUUACUAUACAGUUUUGAUUAACAAAAGGAAUGAGUUACCUUUCAACGAUCAAAAUAUCUCUUGUGAAAAUUGUAUUAAUAAUUCUCUGAAAAAAUUGAAUACAAUUUAUGUAGAUGCAUAUAAUUUUUGGAUUGAUGAAGCUAAUUGCCUUUCAAAAUUCUUCGAAUCAAUAGAGAUGCCUUCGAUAGACUGGUAUUUGCGCGAUGGAAGUAUUUCCGGUGAAGAACAGGCCGAAUCAAAUGUAACAUUAUCAACAAAGGAUAGCGAUCCUAAUCAAUAUGUAAAUCGCAAGUUCAAUGAAAAUGUCGUUGGCUUUCAAAGCACUCUUCAAGAGAUACUGCAUAUGCUUGAAUCGAAGAAUACAAACGAUUCUCUGACAAGCGACGAGAACGAAAAUGUACAAUAA